ACGUAAUCAGUAUAGGUAAAUGUGAGACAUAUUUAUGAGAAAUAUAUAUUGUUAUUCCAAACAUUAACUACAUUUUUUUACUAAAUUAAACUUGUCUAAAACAAUAAAAAUUAAAAAAUUAUAUAUAAACUUGAACAUAUAAAAAAAAAACAAAAGUUAGUCACCGGGCGAGAUUCGAUGAAUUUGUCCGAAUCCAUGUAAGAUCAUCAUUAUCAACACCGUGUCUUCGUUGCGGAGCGACCGAUCGCCUUUCUUGUACUUCAAUAUGUAGAGUAGUGCGGUAUUUAACAACACAACGCCAAUACUCCGCACCACUUACAAACCGGGCAGCCGGCAGAACGCAUUUGCGCGGUACCACAAUUUAGAAAAAAAGGUUUCCAACGGCUCCGCUUGCAUGGACACUGACGGAUAUGAGGACAGUAUGCAGUUGACGUCGUCAUGAAGAUGGAAUGACUUCGGGGCCAGCUGUGUGGUGUUAUUGAAGUGCUAGCCAUAGACAAAGUGCUCAUGUUUUGUGACCUUUCGGGAGUUUCUUGGAAUUCGUGAUUUAGCUUCUCUUCGAACUUAUUAAUGAUGCUAUUGAAGCAGGUUGCCUUUGUAUGCGUCCUGGCCCUUGCCGUCGCAGCCGAGAAGAAAAUUGAGUUGCAAGACAUCGAAGAUGACAAUUUAAAAAGUGAAAAAGAAAAGGAGCUGGGUCAGAAAUCCGAACCUCGCUCACAAACUGUGAUACCAGGUACUGCGCCUGGAUUAUUACCGCUGGAAUUCUUCAAAAAUGGUCUUCUAAGAUAUUUUGAAAGUCCGAACCCGGUUCCUCAGCAGCCCAGAUAUGUUCAGCAAUACGCAGUUACUGAGCCGCCCGAAAAACCUCCAACGCAAAUUGCAUCUCCUAAAUCUCAGUACGGAGCUCCUUCUACUCAGCAAGCAAUGGUUGGUUAUCUAUCCAAUGUCCCCAUGCAAAUAUAUCUAGUCCCACAGUAUUACAAUGAGAAUGGUGAGCAGGCAGCUAAUAGUCAGCCGGGAGUUCAAUACGCUGCGCCAGUAGUCAGCCGAGUCAACGCUUACCCUACAGCGCCAGAAGCGAUACAGCCUCAACAAAACUUUAUAGAGGUUCCAACCUACGUAACCCCAACGGGAAAAACGUAUAUCCAGCAACCAUAUGCUUAUGUGAGCUAUGCUGCUCCGUCAACUGUGGCUCCCGUGCAGGCCACUGUUGCACCAGUGGUAUACCAAGUGCCGGUGGUACAGUACCCAACCGCUAUAGCCGCACCUCCCGUUGCGCCUAAAGGAUAUUAUCAGAAUCCCCAAUUCACCGAGACAAAUAAUGUUGAAGAAGUUCAAGAAAAUGACAUCGAAAAUCCAAAAGAAUAUUCAAGUCAGACAGACCAGCCUUAUCCUAAGCCAAGUCCUGAAUAUCCCCGAUAUUAUUCCUCCCACGCCCCUCUUAGGGAAGAUCCGCGGCAUAAUGUCAUUUCUGAGCUGCCCCCGCCGAAUCCAUUACUCCUAAAAGGCCCACCGUCGCAUUUAUCCCACCUUCCUAAAGCAUUGCCGAUAUUCCGUCCCUUAUCAAAGCCUAUAUAUGCCGCUGGAGGUAAUUUCAUCUCGUCUGCAUAUUCACCUAAGCCGAGUGAAAGUUUUGGUAUUCCCUAUAAGCGUAGACCUAUGUCUCUGCUCGAUUCGUAUGUGCCCUCAGGGGUUCAGUUGGAAUACAUGAAGAGAGGCUACGCCAAGGAUCCUCUUGCAGCUUACGAAGCGCUGUCCAGUCACCGGCACUACUCGCACUAUCCUGCGCCUAGACAUUACGAAAGAGGUUUCCUCCCCAACCAGAUGUACCAUACUGCUGCAGGAGGCAUAACUUACGGACACUUGAAAAGGACACCGAAGUUAGAUAAAUCAUCACCAAAUUAAUGUUUGAAUUAUGAUUCAAUUUGUGUUAGCAUUGAACUGAAUUUGUUUGUAGAUAAUAAUGUAUUUCCUACAAUAUAACUGGGGUCCAAGAUGACAGUCGUACAUCGACACACGCCAAAAAUAUAGAAAAAAAUGUAUCCAGACCACAGAUUCGAGAAGUCACGUGACUGAAUACAUUAUUUCGAUUGGCGUUUUCUAUCAACGUUUGUCACCUUGGCUAUGUAGGCUCCCUGUAAUAUAUGUAGGUACUUAAUUACUUUAUUAAUAUUUAAAACAAUAGAGUAAGUAGGUAUUAGUUAGGUAAGCUUUAAGAAAUAAGUUGAAUGUGACAAAAGAUCGAUUAGGACUAGCGCUUUGUAAAAUAAUGCUUUUUCAUCAGGGGAUUAUGACGUGAACAAGCAUUUUGUUUUGUUACGUAUGUUUUGAAAUAAAUAUUUGUUGAAUUUGUUCUUU